GUCGAGUCUUCACAAGAAACUUAACGCCAAUAUAAGAUUUGAUAAUAAAUAUAUUUUCCAAAAUGUAUAAAAACUGGAGCAUUUUAAUUUUAGCUGCUUGCUUGACACUGCAGCUCGUGGCAUCAUUUCCAAAAAAGGAUGCCUUGGAAAUCCUUGAUAAUCAACCAGAGAAGAGUCCCGGGAUUGAAAUUUACCAACAACAACGUCGUCAGUCCAGACAACCAGAUGAUUUUGAUGAUCUUAGGGGUAUAGUGAAACAAGAACGUGAAUUAUUAAAGGAUAUAAUCCGAAAUAUUAAUACGAAGAACUCACAAAAUAGACAGAUUCAAGCAGUCGGUAGUGAUGCGGUCGUUGAUGAUAUAGUGAGGUUUAUUCGAUUAGAAUUUCAGUUUUUGUCGAGCUUGAUAAACAAGCUUGCGUAAGAAAAUCGUCGAUGAAAACUGCUUUGUAAAACAAAAAUUGUAUAACUUUUGAGCUCAAAUGAAGUUAAUAUAAUAUAAUGGUUUUAAUUCAUAUACGAUUAGUUUUUGACAUAUUGAGAUUCAUAUAUUUAUUUAUUUUUAAUAAUAAUAACAAAGCAUUAGUACAAUAAGAUUUCCAUAUCUUUUUUAGUACAACAGAGAUAGUGUGAAGAAUAAGUAAAUAUUACUUUACAGAUACCUUAACAAAAAUAAUAAUAAAAAUAAAAAUAAUUAUAAUAUAUAA